GACUGAACAAAGGAGAAGAAAUGAGAUUCAAAUAAAAGGAAAUAAAACUUGUGGACGGAAACUGUCAUCGCUACACUCAGCUCCUCUCCUCAUCAUGCCGACCGUCAAUCACUCGACACCAGAUUCGUCUCUCUCCUCCUUCACCAGCCCUCGCCCCGUCACCAACGUCUCCAUCUUCACCCCCCCCCCUCACAACGCCACCGCCAACCCCGCCGCCGCCGCCGCCAUCGAAGGCUUCCUCCACAACCUUCUGAGAAGGAUCCCCUUGCCUCAAUGGCUGGUUUUCUUCCUGUUUGCGACCGGCGUCCUGCUGGUUCUGCUGUGCUGUCUGUGUAUCUACAUCAAGUGCUGCUGCAAAGGGAAGAAGAAGAAGCGGCAGAAGAAGAAGAAGGAGAACAUCAGUCUGAACGGAGUGAACGGAAAAACCACCACGGCUCUGGUUCAGCCCGAUGUGACGGAUGUGGGCUACGGCUCGACCAAACAGCAGAGAGGGAAGCUGCUCUACUCUCUGGACUACAACGCGGCUCAGUCUGAGCUCACAGUCGGGAUCAAACAAGCCGACAGCCUGAAGGCCAUGGACCUGGGCGGGAGCUCGGACCCGUACGUCAAAGUCUACAUCCUCCCCAACAAAUCCAAAACCUUUGAGACCAAAGUGUUCAGAAACACGCUGAACCCCGUCUUCAACGAGCAGUUCAGCUUCCAGAUAUCUAAAUCUUCCCUGCUGAAGUCGACGGUGGUGAUGCAGGUUUUUGACUUUAACAGAUUCUCCAAACACAACAUCAUCGGCGAGCUGCGGCUGCAGCUCUGCAACGUCGACUGGAACCACGUCAUCGAGGAGUGGCGGGACCUCGCCGAGCCCGCCAAGUUUGAGGAAGAAAACCUGGGCGAGAUCUGCUUCUCUCUGCGAUACGUUCCCACCGCCGCCAAGCUGACCGUGGUGAUCCUGGAGGCCAAAAACCUGAAGAGCAUGGACUACGCAGGAGCUUCAGAUCCUUAUGUGAAGGUGCAGUUGGCUCUGGACAAAAGAAAGUGGAGGAAAAGGAAGACGUCUAUUAAAAAGAAGUCUCUAAACCCGUACUGGAACGAGUCCUUCACCUUCGACGUGACAUUUGAACAAAUCCAGAGGGUGAACCUGGUGAUCUCCGUGUGGGACCACGACGCCAUUUCCCGAAACGACGCCAUGGGGAAGAUCUUCCUGGGCUGCGACGCGGCGGGGAACCAGCUGAGGCACUGGGCCGACAUGUUGUCCAACCCGCGGCGGCCGGUCGCUCAGUGGCACAGCCUGCUGUCGUCCGAGCAGGUCAACUCCACCCUGACCCUGAAGAAGAAGAUCCCCCUCCAGCACAAACUGCCCAAACUGCCCCUCUGACGGCGUCGCACGCCGACAUCCAAACAUUUCAGAUGCGUCAGUACAAGAUUUUUAUAAUGUUCAAACAUAAUUUCUUUGCUGCUCUUCUCAAAUCUACCUGAUCACUUUAUAUUUUACAUUUAAGAAUUAUAUUUUAGUGUGAAAUUUAAGAGAUAAAUCCUUUUUUAAUUUUAAACCUAUAAGCACUUUGCUCUUCCUGUAUGAAUUGUAUCAUACAAAAACCCUCAAACUUAUAAUAUUAUAAAGUUUGCUGUAAAAUGUAAACAUGUAGUCAGUUUGUUAAAAAUAUUCAGCUGAUUUCAAAUGUUUAUGCAAUCAGGUUUUUGAAAGAUUUUUGGAAAGUUAUUUAUUCGAAGCGACGUCUGUUUGUGUCAGAUCUGACACAACUUAAAUGUUUUUUUAAAACAUGUUUAAAGUUUUAUUAUGGCACUUUUUUGAUGAUAAAUAGUUUCAGC